AUGGUUGAAUUGAGCGAAAUUAAGGAAGACACAUCCAAUGUUCCAAACCACCCAGCUGGUCCAAAUGAAGCUAUCAUUGAAGAUAAUGACAAGCCAAUUAAUGUAGAAGAAAAUGAAGAAGAUGACGAAGAUGACAGCGAUUUUGAAGAUGAUUUCAAUGAAAAAGAAACUCUACUUGAAAGAUUAUCAGCUUUGAAAGAUGUCAUUCCACCAAAGCAGAGACAAAGUAUAUGUUCUGUGUUCAAUUUUACUACCAAUUUUAUCAAGACGGCAUUCUCCAAGUCUGGUAACGUUGCAUGGAUUGUCACUACCUCAGCUCUAUUACUAGGUGUCCCAUUAUCCUUGUCUAUACUUGCUGAACAACAGUUGAUUGAAAUGGAGAAAACCUUUGAUUUGCAAAAAGAUGCCAAUGAUAUCCUAGCUCAAGGUGACAAGCCCGAAUAA